ACGUCUUCUAACGCGAUGCGAGGUGAACAAACCCUUUUCGGCUUGUUGGAAUGAACAAGGACCCCGAUGCUGCCCACCUAUUGCAACCGGCUGUCCCAAGCCUUUACGUUCUCUUUACGUGAAUGCUCUUGGCUCCCCCAACUUGCUGCCAAUCUUUGCAGACUCUCGCUUCCUUUCUUCCCUGUGAGCGUCUAUUCUGCAUUGCCAGCCAGCGCCACCGCAAUGGGGGCACUCAUUGUACAGCCCGGAACUACAACGGACCGAGCCUUGGUGAAUUGGAGUAGCCUAGACUUAUACCCUUCGCAUCUCUCUGAUGAUGAUCAGCCCAAACCGCCUCCCAGAGAUGGUGUGCUCGAGCCCAUCAAUCGCGAGUUAGGCAACAGACGCAACAAGCGCAUGGAAUGCACGACAGCCUUCUUCUUGCAUACAUGACCCGGCAUGUAACCCACUGGAACACGCCUGUGCUUCACCGAUAUUAUUCGCAUUGCCCAUGCACAGUUACUGGAACCUGGACUUAACGGACGCGACUGGAAUUAACGGCAAAUACCCUGGUGACGUCGCUCGUCUUACUCCAACAUGCAUCCCAGCCUUGCGGUCUAUCGCCCUGAUUCAGAGCCUGAUAGCUCGUUCCCAGAGAGGCACUUGGACGACCCGAGGGACUCCCCUUCAGAAUGGCCUGGCCAGCAGGAUAUCGCACAUUUUCCUCCCAUCAAUCUUGACUUUGCGGAAGCUGGUCUGUCGAAGAUAGAGAAUUUCGAGUCAAAUAGCACAUCUCUGUGGCCACAAGGAUGGAUGAACCAACAACGCUCGUUGCUUCAUCGUCAGCAAAUUUCUAUUCACACCGGAUCGAUCGAGUUACCCAUAUUACAUUCUUCCUUUCGGCAGACAACUUCCCCUGUUCAAGCCGAAUGGGACCUAUUUCGUGCGUCUUCAGAACAGUUCCCCGGGCAUUUUCAAUGGAACGCCCCCCCACGACGGUCAACCACCGAGGAAGAUUCCGAUUCCAAUCAAAGUCAGCACGACAGUCUUGAAGAAUUCUGCCCGCCUCUGUCAACAUGGAACGCCACACACAAAGCCAGGCGACGAAGUGCACAUCGUAUCACCAAACCCACUAGAUUGCCUGUCGUGCCAGUCGUUCCUCAAACUAUCAUGUCCGACAGACAACCCAACGAAUCAAGCCCAGAUCUGUUCGAUUUCACGAGCACCAAUAUUUUUUGUGCUCAGCCGAGUCAUGAUCCUAUGGUUUUGAACCAUGGAAAUGGUGCCACAAACUUCGCCUUACCUCAAGGCGAGGAGUUCACUGCGGAGAAGGUCCAUUCGAAGCGCAUCGCACACAAAAUAUCCGAGAAGACACGGCGGAAUCGGUUGACACUUGCAAUACGAGAGAUUCAGAAGCUCCUACCUUCGGAAAGUGAUCGGGACGACAUGCUACUACCAGCCAAUGAGCUGCUUAUCCGGCCAGGCGUCCCGAGCAGCAAGCUAGAUGUGGUCGAGAUGGCUAUUGGUUUUAUCAGAAAGCUCAAGGAAGAGAAUGUCGGCAUGACAAAGAAGCUGCGGGAACUUGAACAGAAGUCAGCACAAAAGUGUCGAUGUCAGAAGGAGGAACAUGGCCAGGAAAAGACCCCGCCGGUGGAGGAGCCAGAAGAUCAAGCGAAAGAGUAGUGGUCAUCUUUAUAUCAGAUCCACAACGGUGCGGCUAAGCGCAUCGUGGCUUGAUGAGGUUUUGAAUGUCAUGAGUCCAGUAUACCACGACGGA